AUGUAUCCCAAGAUCGCCCUCAUCGCCGCCCUCGCCGCCGCCGCCCUGGCAGCUCCGGUCAACGUCCAGGAGCGCCAGCUCGAUGCCGUCGGUGGCCUGCUCGGGGGUGCUACUGGCACCGGCAGUGCCGAUGGUGCCUCAUCUUCUGGGGCAGCUGGCGGUUCAGGUGGUCUUCUGGAGCCCGUGACCGGCCUUCUCGGAGGUGUCACCGGCGGCCAGAAGCGUCAGCUUGAUGCCGUCGGCGGCCUGCUUGGUGGCGUCACGGGUGGUGCCGGUGGUGCCUCGUCAUCCGACCCUGUGGGCGGCCUUGUCGGAGGUGUCACGGGCGGGGCGAAGCGUCAGCUUGACGCCGUUGGUGGCCUUCUCGGAGGUGCCACCGGCACGGACAGCGCUGCUGGUGCCUCAUCCUCUGGCUCAGCCGGUUCAGGUCCCCUCGAUGCCGUUGGUGGUGUUGUCGGCGGUGUCACCGAUACAGCUGGCGACGUUGUGGGGGGUGCCACCGAUGCCGUUGGCGGCGUGGUCAACGGAGUCGGUAGCACUGUCGGUAACACUGUCGGUGGUGUCGUUGGUGGUGUCCUCAAGGAGUAG